AUGAAGAACGCAUGGAAACCAAAGCCCUGUACUCUGAUUAGCCCAGUGUUUCUGGAGAGAACAGAUUAUGUAAUCAGUGCACACCUCUGUCUGAAGACUCAAUGUGUCAUCACGUCACCCUCUCUCGCCCAUUUCAUUCCUCUCGCAGGUCUUCAGGACAACCCCUGGGUGUGUGACUGUAGGCUUUCCACCUUGCUUGACAUUAGUAAAGCCCCAGAAUCCUCUCUGGUCCUGUUGGAUCGGUUCCUGACCUGUAGUGAACCGCCAGAUCUCGCUGGAGUUCCCUUUCAGAGUGUGGAGCUCACUCGCUGCCGCAGGCCCUACGUGGUGACCUCUGCCACAAAGAUCACAGCUUUACUGGGCAGCAAUGUCCUACUUCGCUGUGAUGCAACAGGACACCCGACUCCAACAAUUAUGUGGAUAAAAUCUGCCAGAUCUAACCUUUAUAACCAAGCUUGUUGUAAGCAGAUGCAAAGCAGCAUUGACACCGAAAGAUUGCCCAGAAAACUUUCUGGCUAUGUACAAGAGUCUCCACGUGUGGGAAUCCGUUGGUCGGCAGUCAGUCUUAAUGGAAUAUCCUACAGAGAUGCAGGGGAGUACCGAUGCAGAGCACAAAACAUGGCAGGGAUAUCAGAGGCCAUUGUCAGUCUGAAUGUGGUCGGGUUAAUGGCGGAAUAUGCAAACUCCAAAAACUCUGAUCAACAGCAAACGGUUGCAAAAUCAGACUAUUCACAGAGGAAACCCAAUCAGAAAUCCAAAGCCUUACCUCGAAACAUGACUGGACAGCCCUCCCUUAUAAAGAGAGUCAUGAAAAUCCCCAAAGCCAGCAGAGACAAAAUGAAAAGGGACAGGAUAGCUGUACAGAACCUGCCACGGAGACGCUUUUUGAUUGCUUCUGAAAAUCCACUCCACAAAAGACAAACACCUCAUGUCUCCAUGUCAAUUCACACCUGACACAUUUAAAUGUGUAAUUUCAGGAAGUUUAUUUUUUCAUAUGAAUGACCAUAACCUUGUAUAUUUCCUUAAUGGAAGGUUGCGUUCAUGUAUUACACAGCCAUGACCAGCAGAUGGCAGCUCUGAGCUAAAGACUCUUCAUGACAAAAGCUGUUUAUUUAAAAAAAAAAUACACUGAAAUUGUACUUUUAAAAAAGCUUGUUAAAAUGAUGUUCCCUCACAUGAACCUCUAGUCAUAUCAGUAACCUAAUAAAAGUCACAUUGUUACUGUAAAGAAUUUAUCUGGUGAAUAGUAUUACUGGUGUAUUAGGCUAUACAGUACAUCAAGUAAAUACCUCUUUUAUAAUGUAUGGCUCUAUAAAUAUAUGUGAACUUAAUAGCUGUUGAUGAACAAAUUGAGCCAGUAUCUGUG